CUGAGGCUCAGCGAGGCUCAGGAUCUUGCCCGAGAUCACAUGACUGGUUAACGGUAGAGCCGGAAUUUGGGUCCCGGUCCAUCUCGCUGCAGAGCACAUGCUCCUGACCGCUCCACACAGCUCCCCAGCUCUGACGGUCUGGAACCCUGGAUUCGCCUCCAGCUGCGGGGUCCCCAGCUUCCUGCCCAACCUAUCGGCCCGAGUGGUAGGAGGAGACAAUGCCAGGCCCCACAGCUGGCCCUGGCAGAUCUCUCUCCAGUACCUCAAGAAUGGCACGUGGAGACACACGUGUGGCGGCACCUUGAUUGCCAACAGCUUCGUCCUCACAGCCGCCCACUGCAUCAGCAACACCAAGACCUACCGCGUGGCCCUGGGCAAGAACAACCUGGUGGUGGACAAUGAGGAAGGCUCCCUGUUCGCAAAUGUGGACACCAUCUUUGUCCACGAAAAGUGGAAUUCCUUCCUGGUGCGCAACGACAUUGCCCUCAUCAAGCUGGCGGAGCCCGUGCAGCUGAGCGACACCAUCCAGUUGGCAUGCCUGCCGGAGAAGGGCUCUUUGCUACCUCAAGACUACCCCUGCUACGUCACAGGCUGGGGCCGCCUCUGGACCAACGGCCCCAUUGCCGACGAGCUCCAGCAGGGCCUGCAGCCCGUGGUGGACCACACCACGUGCACCCAGAAGGACUGGUGGGGAAGCAUGGUGAAGGACACCAUGGUGUGUGCAGGCGGGGACGGCGUCAUCUCGGCCUGCAACGGAGACUCGGGCGGCCCACUGAACUGCCAGGCUGAGAACGGUUCCUGGGAGGUGCGAGGCAUCGUGAGCUUUGGCUCCGGGCUGGGCUGCAACACCCUUAAGAAGCCCACGGUCUUCACCCGCGUGUCCGCCUACAUUGACUGGAUCAAUGAGAAAAUGCAGCUGUGAUUCAUCCUUGGGAGCCUACAACCCCAAUAAACAUCCUUCCCCCUCA